AUGCAAGGUUACAUAGGAGAUAAUUUUAAGCUGUAUAAAAGAAGAUGGUUGAUGUUAUUUUAUUUUUCCUAUUGUUGUAUGGUUGAUAAUUUAAUAUGUUUUACAUUCGCUCCAAUAAAUAAUAUUUGUUAUGAGUUAUAUGGAAUUUCAAAUAAUAUAUUUCCACAAGUAUAUUUUAUUAUUUAUUCAAUAUUUUCAAUACCUUUAUCUUUUUUAUUAAGUGAAUUUUCAUUAAGAACAAACGUAGUAUUUAGUUCAUUAUUACAGUUUAUUGGUUGCUUUCUAAGAUAUUUAUUUUGGAACAAUUUAAAACUUGUUAUGUUUGGUCAAUUUCUAUCAUCAAUUGGCCAAAUAAUUUUUGUUAACGCUCCACCAGAAGUUUCUUUAAUUUGGUUUCCAGUUGAUGAGCGAAUUAUUUCAACAAGCGUUUCUAUUAUUUCCAAUGUAUUAGGAACAGCCAUAAUAUAUUUAUAUGCACCUUUUAUAGUGAUAAAUAAAGAUGAUGUAAAAGAAUUAUUAUUUUCCAUUUGCCUUAUAAGCUUUAUUGGUUCAACUUUGGUAAUUUUUUUUUUUGAAAGUUGUCCACCUAUUCCCCCAUCAAAAACAGCUGAAGCAUUAAAUUUAAACUUUAAUAAAAAGAAAAAUAAUGAAAAUGAUAAUUAUUAUUUAAGUUUUGAUAAUUCAGAAGUAACUAGAAGCAAAUUAAGCUUAAAAAAUUUCGGAAGAGAAUUAAAUCGUUUUUUAUGUGAUUUAAAGAUUGAAGUAGUUAAUAUAUUAUCAAAAAAAGAUAUUGUAAAGAUAUUAAUAAUAUUCUGCUAUUCAGAAUGUCUGAUUAGUAGUUUUUCGGCUGAUAUGUCUAUUGUUUUAAAAGGAAUAUCCGUAAAUAAAGGGUAUUUUGCUGUGUCUGGAUCUUUAUUUAUUUUUAAUACUGUAUUGGGUAGUGCAUUAUUAUGUUUUAAUGCUAAUAGCAAAUACUUUAAGAAAUUAAUUAUCUUAUGUAUUUCCAUGAUUAUGACUGUAUGUGUACUUUUAAAUUUCACUAAUAAUAAUAUAUUAAUAAUUAUUAUUAUUAGUCUAAUUGGCUUCUGGUCAGGUCCUAUUCAACCAAUAUCCGUUGAAAUGGCAUCCAUAGCAGUCUACCCAAUAAGUUCUAAUUUGUGUACUUCCAUACUGCAAGUAGUUUCAUUUACUGUCAGUGCUAUUUUUAUAUCGCUUUUUUCAUAUAUAUCAAAAUAUUAUAACAUCACUAUUUUGGUUUUUUUUUUAUCCAUUUUUAUGUUGGCAAUUAGUCUAAAUAUACAAACUAUCAGAAAAAAACCUAUAAAUGCUUUAACUUUUUCUAUUAGAAGUGGACUUAUAAAAAGAAAUACUUUUCAUACACAUAAGUUUGGAGAUUUUUUUAAUAAUAAUGAUAAUACUCAAGAAUUAUUAGAAAACUAUAAUGAUUUAUCAAUGCUUCCAUCAGAUUCAAAAAUUCUUGAUGAUUAUUCUAAUCCACCAUCUGUAUUAAGAAUGUAUUCUCAUUUUUCAUCUACUCCUCGGAAUUCAUCAACUAGUACAUCCAAAUAUAGUAAUAAAUCAGAAGAAAGUAUUUUCAAAAUAAAAGAAAUGAAAAAUAAUUGUAUAGAAGACUUUUAUAAAAUUCAUCUGAGUAAAAAAUUAAAUCUUCAAAAUUUAAGAAAGGAACUUUUAUUUUACGAUCACAAAAUGGAAACAUUAAACAAAACAACUAAAUCAUAUUCAAAUAUUAAUUACGAUGAUUACAAUACGAUUUGUAAAUAUGAUAUUAAAAAAAUGAAUGCUAUGAAUUACUAUUCUAUUUAA